CAUCUUUCCAGCGUGCCGGCAGAAGCCCGCGCGGCCAUGAACCCGUCUGGGUGCUCUGGGGGGGGGGCUCCAUAUCUUCUUGCUCUUCUUCCCUCGACCGUUCGUGCGGGCAGAGGUCUUGGCUGGUCCCUUCUCUCCCUUGGUUCCGGCGCUCACCUCUCCUCAUACGCUCGCAUUUCCUCAUAUUUGCAUCCUUUUAACCCGUAUCUCAUCCGACCUCUCUCGUCUUCAGGAGCUCUCGUUCGAACAGCUUGAGAUCUCUCUUCGUUCCAAGUGGCCCGCGCCCUCGAUGAAUGCUGAAGACAUCCAGCAACCCGACGAGCUCCUUGCCGGCCGCUAUCGAGUCGUCCAGAAGAUCGGCUCGGGCUCCUUUGGCGAUGUCAUGGAGGCUGUCGACGAGCAAACCAGUUCCGGCGAGCACGUUGCCGUCAAGAUCAUCAAGAACGAAGAGGUAUACUUUGAUCAGGGCGUCAUCGAAGUCGGCAUCCUGUCGUAUCUGAACGCCGUGCAGGGCGACCGAGACUACAACAUCGUGCGCAUGAAGAACUACUUCAUCUACAAGGGCCAUCUCUGCAUCGUUUACGAGCUCUUGUCCAAGACCUUGUACGAGGUCAUCAUGGGACGAAACUUCAAAGGUCUGCCGCUGUCAACGGUGCGGGCCGUCGGCUACCAGAUCCUUUCUGCCCUGGUUCUGCUCAAGUCCGUUGGCAUUGUCCACUGCGAUCUCAAACCCGAGAACAUCUUGCUGCAGUCGUGCGAGUCUGAUGUUUCGGCACAAAAAAUCCGGGUCAAGGUCAUCGACUUUGGCAGCUCAUGCUUUGAGCGUCAGGAGGUUCCAACCUAUCUCCAGUCGCGAUACUACCGAUCGCCCGAGAUCCUCAUCGGCCAUCCGCCAACAACAUCCAUCGACCUGUGGUCGUUCGCAUGCAUCCUGGUCGAGCUGCUGACCGGCAACCCGCUCUUUGCCGGCGACAACGAGUCCGACCAGAUGCUCAAAAUCUGCCAGAUCCUGUCCUGUGUGCCCACCAACCUCCUCAACCAAAUCCAGGAUAUUCCCCAGAACGCAAACAUGCGUGUCCUAUCCAUCUUCGAGCAAGACGAAGCCACAGGUGAUUUCCGCCUCAAAGACUUUCCCGACGAAUCCAGCCGCGACACACCCGACGAUUCUUCGACGCUCCUGGACAUUGUGAUGGAAGCUGCCCCGACGCACACGGGCCACCACCCGUCAAAGAAGACUCGAUCCCGCCCCGAGGAGUCUCGUCAAGAGUUUCUCGAGUUUGUCGACAUGAUCAAGAAGAUCUUGGUGCUGGACCCCGAGCAGCGCAGCACGAUCGAGGAGAUCCUCUCCCACCCUUUCUUCAGCUCCGAGGUCCUCAAGGAGCAGCAGAGGUAUCAUCUCGAUGCGGAGACCUGCAGCGUGGACGCUGGUCAUGCCCCCGACGAGUCGGACCUGGGCCACGAGGUCCUGUCGUGCUGCUCUCAGGACAAAUCGCGGCUCUCCUCGCCUGAACUGGCCAUCAGCCAGGUUGGCGAUCGACGCACUUCCUUGGAGUCGGCCACACACGUCAAGUGAUCCCAGGCUUCCGAACCCACUGGCGCUCUAGAUUCGCCACGCCUAUCUGCACGAACAACAGCCCAUCCCUCGCACUCCAAUGAGAAACAUCCUUCUCCGCUAUUUAUCAUCCAUCUCCGGCAACUGCCAAUCUCCAAUGGUCUCGCGCCGCUGGCCUCUUUUUGUUAAUCCAUAUGCUAGACUCUCUCCCUAACACCUCACCCCCACACCUCCCUCCAGAAACCCCAUCCCACACGCAUAUUUACUGAUCUCCU